AUGCAGGUCAUCUGUGCAGGGCUGUCGCGUACUGGAACCAGCUCGAUCAGCCGUGCCUUAGAGAUGCUACUUGAUGGGCCGGUCUUUCACGGCGGAACUCAGUUAUGUCUCGGCCCUGAAGCGGAGAUUAAAUCAUGGAUGAAGGUGCUUUCAGAGUGGCCACCGACGAAUGCGGCCAUGGAGCAGGAAAUCCUGAACACUAUACGCGUUCGCACUGACGGCUAUGUUGCUAUCACUGACGCGCCUGGUUGCAACCUCGUCCAAGAGCUUGUGACACUAUACCCAGACGCCAAAGUCGUCUGCACAGUCCGUGAUGAUGAGGCCUGGGAGAGGAGCAUGGGAGGGUUGAAUGACGAAGUGUCACCAUCAGCUUUGCACUUCAUACUCUUCAUGCUUCCCACGAUGCGACUCUUCCCAGCCUACGUUCAAAUCCUGAUCUCGCAUUGGGUCAAACUAUACGGAGAAUCGAAUCCACCAACGGUCAAAACAUAUCACCGCCAUAUCGCGUACCUGAAGAGUGUUGUUCCGCCGGAGCGGCUGAUCUUUUACGACGUACGCGACGGGUGGAAGCCCUUGUGCAAGGCACUAGAUCGCCCAGUACCCGAAGAUGUACCAUUCCCCAAUAUUAAUGAUGGCAAGGCUAUCCAGACGUUCGCAAUGAAGCAGAUCAAGCGGGGUCUUGGGACAUGGCUUUUGUGUUUAAGUAUAAUAGGAGUUGGUAGCUUCAUGCUGUUCAAGGCUUGGGGCACUCUAUUUUGA